CCCAAACAGGGUAAUUCGGAAGGAUAAAUUCGGUAAAUACAUCAAACUAGGGUUUGUUCGAGAGUAUAAAUCUUAACCCUUAAAUUGCCUUCUUCUCUUUCUUAGACCUCUUAGAAAACCAAACUGUUGUAAGUCGGCAGGAGAAAAUCUUCUCUCUCAGAAAUGGCCAAGUCAAAGAAUCACACAGCUCACAACCAGUCUCGUAAGGCACACAAGAAUGGAAUUAAGAAACCUAAGAAGCAAAGACACACUUCAACCAAAGGAAUGGAUCCAAAGUUUUUGAGGAACCAGAGGUAUGCAAGGAAGCAUAACAAGACUGGAGGAGCAUCUGAAGUUGAAGAGUAAAUCUAUGUAUUACAACUUUUAUGAUGAGUAGUUUAUUGAAGGCUGUCACUCUAAACCUGUCAAACAAAAAUGGUUUUUAAUGCUUUGAACAAGAUUAUGUAGGGCUUAUUUUACUUUUGUUUAUGUUAGACAGAUUUAAGUAUGUUGGUGUAGUGAUGUUUACCUGCACUAAAUUUUGAAAUUAUCAGUGACUUCUUUAGUAUGAAUUUGCAGUGGUUUGUUUAUCUUUUGAUA